AUGGCUGGCAAUACCUCACCUGAUUACAAGGCCCUCUUUCAACAGGAAAUAGAGCUACGAAGACAGGCAGAAGUACAGACUGAUCCCACUGUUUUUAGGGAGUUUAUCCAAGCCUGCCACAGUUUGCUUUCUCUUCCAUUCAAAGCUGGCACCCCAACCAAGUCCACAAAGGGGAAAAUCCCGCCGCCUACUGGAAAAUAUUGCCCAACACGACUUUGCCUGUGGUCGGACUGUUCGGCGCAGCAGCAAGGAUUCUACGAUGAUGUCAACUCCUACCUACAAUCAACAGGAAGCCGGCUUUGUGCACCCCUUGCCUUGAGUCAUGCCCGGGAGAGGUUCCGACUUGGCAAUGGAAUUGUGUUUGAUAAUCAUGCCAAUGUCCUAGAAGAUGAUGGCAACAACAACAACAAUGUAUCAAGUACGCCACAUUCAAGACCAGAUCAGUUUUGUAUCCAUCGAGUCGACAGUAUCACCAAUAGCUUGCUGACCACAGUCGAAUAUAAGCCACCGCAACAGCUGGUUGGCUCUGUAUUAACUCAAGAAUAUCAUGUUAUGAUUCAAGAGGGGUUGGAAUACUCCUACAUCACCAACGGGUUGUGUUUAAUUCUUCUCCGUGUUCCAUAUGACGAUCCCAAUACAGGCUCUGUCUAUUUGCCCUCAUCUCCACUAUCGGCCAAGCAAACGCGUCGAGCCUCAAACCGAUUACGAGGUGACUGUGCACCCAUGGGAACGAUGUCUCAGAGUGACCGCCUGGAUUCAUCUGACUCCGGCGCAGACACAACAACAAAGAAUCGCAAGCUCGGCAUCCGCCAAGUCCUAUCCUCUCCGCCUAGUCAGCGUCGAUCGACACGCCCAACGGACUCGACGCCCCCUUCUAGUGGUCAACACCAACAGCACACAUCACGUUUCUGUACGCAGCGGUGCCUAUUAGGCCUACAGCAGGGGGGCGCGUUGGAUCGUCUUUGCCCCAAUGUCCAUCUUCAUCGGCACGAAAAGGGCGAUCGACAUAGCAUCGAUGCGGAAGAGCUAGUACAGUUGCUAAAAGAGCAGCUCGAUCAAGACCUCGACCAUAACUGUACGCCAUUCGGAGAUUGUGGAUCAUAUGGUGCACCAUUUAAGAUUACCUGCGCCAAGUAUGGUUACACAUUGAUUGGAAAAGGAACCACGUCCCGACUCUGGAAGGAGGUCUCCCGUGAAGUAGAGAUAUACCGGAUUCUUCGUAAAGCACAAGGGUCUGCAGUCCCCGUGUUCAUUGGGGCCAUUGAUCUGAAAAUGGUCUAUUUUCUUCAUGGUGCUGGAGAGAUCCAACAUAUGCUGCUUAUGGCUUGGGGGGGAGGGGAAGAGCAUGCGCAAAGACCAGGGCUUGGUGCUGCAGCAGGAGAUCUCCUGGUCGACGAGACAAGUCCUUGGACUUUUGGAAAAGGUCUUCGGGGCGCUAGUUUCUCCGCUCCGGGAUGGCACUACAUGGCCAAACAGCUGCCAGGGAGUAGAGGCUGGUCUCUUGACAGAGCGUGGAUACCUCGUCAGCUCCCUUGUCUUCUCACUCCAGACAAUGGAUGCGAAUACUACGAAUGCUCGUCCAUAUCGGUCAAAGUUGAAAAGACCGUGCGAUCGCUGUCGCAGCAGGAAAAUAGCCUGUGUCCUUCCGGAAAGAGGUUCAUGCCACAGCUGCUGGAAUGCUGGCAAGCCGUGGAUGCCAGCUAUCAGCCGGCCAUUCCCACCCUCUCGACACGACAGCUACAAGAUCAGCCCUCUCAUUUUCCGCCUGAUAAUGUUGAUGCCGAGAACGAAUCAUUGCAGGGAUAUGAACCGGUUGCUUCUGUAGCUUCCGUCAGUACUACUAGUCGACAUGCGCUCAACGUGCAACAUAUCCGAUCCCUUGAUCAGAUAAAAGAUUCGACUGCGCAACUUUUUGGCAUAUCAGCAGAAUCGGACCCGUGGCUACUGCGCCAUUGCAAGUAUGACGAGAAUGGAAUUCACAGUCUACAUCGCAUUCAUUUUCGAAACGUUGGUGGAGUACCGGUGGAGGGCCUGGUCCCGGUGCAUUUCCUGGUGACCGAUGAUUUGCUCUUCAGGCCGGCCAAGAUUGCUACUGCAAUUCGCUCCGAAGCAAAUGUAGAGGAUUUGCGUCAUGUCUUGGAUGAGUUGGUGCCGCCCAAAUAUGGCUGGCGACUAAUCCUACUGUUUUUAAAGUUCGUCUUCCCAUCAGUGCCAGUAAUCUCAAGAUCCCAGUUGGGCCUUAAUCUGCCAUUACCGAAUCGUUCAUUGUCGAGCACCCCUGUUCACUUGCUCGCAGCGAUCUAUGCUUCUGCUCUUCCAUUCAAAGCUCAUGAUCCGGAAUUGGUCAUUUUUGGGCUGUACGACGACACAUUGUGUGACCGGCUUUGGCGUCUUGUAUACGAAGUUAUACUGCAGGAAAUCCAUACUCCUCAUUUAUCUGUCUUUCAAGCCUGCUUGCUGUACCUGCAGCGGCUACCUCUCGGAAGUCAAAGUGCAUUAGCAGAUAGCCCAUUUGUCUGGUCUUUUCUCGGGAGCACAGUGGGCUUGGCGGCUUCACUCGGGCUUCACCUUGAACCACGGCCAUGGGGGAUUCCUGCGUGGGAGAAGCGUCUCCGAAGAAGAUUAUGGUGGGCUAUCUACCUUGAGGAUAAAUGGCGCAGCCUACUUAUUGGUCGUCCACCGUUUAUCCGUCGAGAAGAGUGGGAUGUCAAAGAUUUGGACGAUGCAGAUUUUGUUGUUGAUGGACUGGGUGAUGCAGACAUGAGCGCAUUUUUUCAACAUCACCUUGCACUUGAACCGGAAGACGGGGCGAUUUUCAAGUCUCUCACAGACCUGGCUCAGGUGGUGGAUGACAUCUACCAGACAUUCUACACACUCCGAGGAUCUCAAAGAACGUCUGAAGACUUCCAAGCCUCUAUCAAUGCCGCAAGGCCUAUACGGCAAAAACUGCAAGCUUGGUAUAGCUCUCUUCCAGACUUUCUACGGAUCAAGACACCCCACCAACCGGAGCUAUGCUGCAGGGAAGGCGCUGGUGUAUUACACUUUGCGUAUUUGACUCUAGAACUGUUCGUGUAUCGCGCCAUCUUACGGCCCCUAGCCCGAUCGCCUCCGCCACCUCCAAUAAUAGCAGACGAUAAGAGUUCUGAAUCGACAAUGUGGCUGCUGGAAGAUCUAGGCUUUGAUGGCUAUGGAUUAGAUCAGCUCCCUGCUGUGGAUGUUUCGGAAUUUGGUGAAGCGGCAGAGGCCACGCUGAAUGCCGCAGAGAAGUGUGCAGGAAUUAUUGUCAACUUUGUGGGUGCGUUAGAACCUCGUGACUUUGACAUGUUCUGGUAUCCAUGGACUCGUAUAUGUUUUGCAACAAUGACCAACUUCAUCUGUCUUCUUCUCGUUCAAGCACUCACGGAACAACAUGCUUCACGAACAAAACAUCUUUUAGAAAUAUGGACCCAGAAUCUAAGUCGGCAGUACCGGAAUCACGAAAAUCUUAUGGCGCUGGGCCUCGUGCGAUUGCACAGUCUAGUUACAGGAGGACUGGGCAGCAACUUCAUCGUCCCUCCACAGGUUGCCAAGGUCUUGGAUGCAGAUAUAGAUUGUGAAGAUCAUCGGUAG